UCGCAAGCAUUUGGCGGAGCGGUCUACGAAGCAAAAUGUCCAGAGGCGGUGCUAUCGACUUGACCGGCCUAUCCGGGGAGCAGGUGAGCGAGUGGCUCCAAAGUUUCGACACGGUUCUCUGCGACGGCGACGGCACCAUUUGGCAGGAUGACACGGCCAUCGCGGGUGCUCCGGAUGUGGUGAAUGCCCUGCAGGAUCGCUUCGACAAAAAAGUGUACCUGAUUACCAACAAUGGACUGAAGACGCGACAGGAGCUCUUUGAGCGCUCCCAGCGCCUUGGCUUCCGUUUACCCAGCGACCGACACAUCAUAUCGCCCACGGCGGCCAUCGCCGACUAUCUGGUUGGGAGUCCGCAGUUCGACAGGACUCGGCACAAGGUCUAUGUGGUGGGCAAUGCGGCCAUCGCGCGGGAAUUAAGGCAGCACGGAAUCGACAGCUACGGAGCCGGAGGAACAGAAGAACUGCCUCCGGGCGACAAAUGGCCGGACUUUGUGGCACGCGAGUUUGGGAACCCCGAGGCGGCGAGGAACGUGGGUGCCGUGGUGGUCGGCUGGGAUGAGUACUUCAGCUACUGCAAGAUGGCCCGUGCCUGUCACAUCCUGUGCAGUAAUCCCGACGCCGCCUUUUUGGUCACCAACCGGGAUGCCGUGCACAAGUAUCCAGCCUUCUGUAUUCCCGGCACUGGAGCUUUUGUGGCCGGAAUCGAGGCCUGUUCGGAGCGAGAAGCCCUCGAGAUGGGCAAGCCAAAUCCAUUGGUCCUUGAGCCCCUUACCAAGGCCGAGGGACUACGUACCGAGCGAACGCUUAUGAUUGGUGACUGCCUCAAAAUUGAUGUCGUUUUCGCCAGCAAUUGUGGCAUGCUAUCGCUUCUGGUGGGCACGGGUCGAUACAAUAAUCUCUCGGAUGUCCGGCGGGAAAAAAACAGGCUGCCCCAGCCAGACUUUUAUCUGCCCCGGCUGGGCGAUCUGCUGAACCUUUUGUGAGCCAUAAAUCCAGGCGACUCUCGUCCAGCAAUCUACUCGUUAUCAACUUCUUAAUUCGACUUUUAUUUGGCUUUAGUUAGUGUGUUUACACAUAGUUGUACAUAUUGUAUCUGCCGGCAAGUAACAUUCUCUGAUGGAUACUUUCUUUACAUAUAUAGAGUGGGUGAAAAAUUGCUGGGUCUGAAAGUUAUCCAUGAACAAAUCUAGCUAAUAAAUUUUUAAAGACAACAACGCAUAUUUCACAAAUAAAUCACUAACCAUUUGCGAAUAUUCA